CCGCCCGGCUGUCCAAACAGCGCAUCGCACGCGGGUUCUGCAUCGACGGCGAGCCCCGCCCGCAUUCCUCCCACCCGCAAUCUUUUGCCUUCUGCACCCGAUCCCACAGGCCGACACUGCUGCUUCCCGCCAAACCAACGCCUGCAUACCUGCGCCGCAUUGCCCAUCCGCCUGCUUCUCGCCCUGGCUCUCUCUCGCUCUCUUGCUCUCUCUGCAACCGACAGCCCAGAUCCGACAUGGCCCGCCACUGGCUCGUCUCGUGCCUUCUGUUCCUGGUGAUCGCCAUCGCCGCCAUCGACCGGGUCCAUGCCUUUGACUUUUUCAACUUUUUCGAUAACCAACAACAACAACAACAGCAGCAACAGUACGGCGGUGAUGGCCACCACCACCACGACCACCACCACGACCACGACCAUGACCACAACCACGGCCAACAUGCUCAGGCCUCGCACGGAGGAGCUUGCAAAGGAUACCUCUGUCCCGAUACCCGCACCUGCGUCGAUUUGCCGAUCGUCUGUCCAUGCCCACAGCCCUUCGAGACCAAAUGUAUUGUCGGGGACUGGUACGUUUGCGUUGGACCGCAACGGAACUGCCAGGACCUUGUGUCGCAGUAAUACAACCCAUUCAAGAAAAGAAAGUUAGGCUGUUUUUAUUUUCUUUUA